UGGCAAGCAUGGUUUGUGGAAAUUAGUGAAUCUUGUUCUUUCUGUUCAAUAAAAACGAGGAAAAGUGUCAUCUGUUUGCAAAAAUAUGUGUUGUCUGAUUAAAUGAGAAUAAUUAAUUGCUGCUAUACUAAAUUAACAGCAGUGACUCCUAUUUAAUCCAGUAUGUGUAACAAGAAUGGACUGCAUAUCUAUUGGACGUAUCUCCAUACACUCCACUUCGUCUCAAUAAAGAUUUUUGUUUUUCAAUUUCCAAGCCACCGUUUUGGUUUAUUGGAUUUUUGGAAUUGCCAUAGUUGUUUUGAGUGCAUUGAUAAUGAAAGAACUAGGUUCGGAGAGCAAGCCAGUAUGUAUUAGUUUGAUCGUUUUGGGCGUCAUAAUAUUUGUCAUCGCAUUUUUUGGCUGUUGCGGUGCGCUAACCGAGAACUUGUGUUGCAUAUGGAUGUAUGCCGUUAUAUUGAUCAUACUACUUGUGUGCAAUGUUGUAAUUAGCAUUUAUGUAAAAGGAUUUAAUAGCGCAAAAUAUGCACGCGAUAACAUGGAUUCGGCGUGGCGACAUAUGGUAGAUGGUACAGAAGUUACAAUGCAUUUAUAUCAGAGUUCGAUGGAAUGCUGUGGCAAGAAAAAUUCUAAUGACUACACCAGCGCGGGUAUGAGUAUACCGAUGAGCUGCUAUAGAGACUACACCAUGAUCCCUUCACAUUUAUACAUAAAGGGCUGUAUCGAUGUACUCACCAAGAUGUACAAAAAAUCUCAUAAACGAUUGUAUAUCUUUACCUGGAUCGUUUUUGGUAUUGAGGCUGUUUGUUUAGUGUUUGCCAUAGCUUUGGCUGCAAUGUAUCAUCUGGAAUACACGUACUAAGGGAAUUAGCAGUAAAAGCAAAUUUGAUAAAUCAAGUAUAUAUAAAUUUAAUAAUAAUUCUGUUUUGAACAUU